CCAAACGGCUACGUUUUCUAAGUCAAUUGAGGCUUGGGUACGUCACUGGCAGUGUAAUCUUGCUGGUUAGCGGUGCCCAAGUACGGGUCCAAGGGCUCCGGGAUAAACCCUUCCCUACAUAACCCUCGUCCUCGUUUGCUGAAAGCAUUAAAGGAUGGCCGAAACUGGCAUGGAGAUUCUCUGGCAGGGAAAGCCGCCUAUCACCGCAGAUGUGGUUUUCGUCCACGGACUCCGUGGGGACCGAAUCAGAACGUGGGAGAAGGGAACCGUGGUCUGGCCACGAGAUUUGCUCAAGGACGCCAUUCCAAAUGCUAGGAUCAUGACGUGGGGUUAUGAUGCUGAUACCAUGCACUUCAUGUCUGCGGUGGGACAGAGCUCCAUAGCCGCGCUUGCGGAGCAGUUGCUCGACGAUCUGGCAGACAAAAGAAAGCCGAAGGAAGCGCGAGAACGUCCGAUUGUCUUUGUGACGCAUAGCUUGGGUGGGUUGAUCGUGAAAGAUGCGCUUUGGCAAUCUUAUGUUCACGGCCGCACCGAACACGUCUAUUUCCCUCGAAAGGCGGCAAUCAAGAAACAUACAGCCGGUAUAGUGUUUGCUGGCACACCACAUCGGGGAUCGGAUCAAGCCAAAUGGCCCUUGGUUGCGACAAACCUGGCCACAAAAGUGUUCAAGGACAACAACCCAAAAUUGAUUCAAGCGCUCAUCCGGGGGUCGGAGACGCUAGAGCGGCUGCAGAACGACUUCAGCAAGAUUGCUUUGCAACUACCCAUCCAAACCUAUACAGAAGACAAAAACCUGGCAGUCAAUCAGAAAGUCGUCGAGAAUGAUUCCGCUAUCCUUGGUUUCCCCAACGAGGCAAGAGGGAUUCUUCCAGGAAAUCACAUUGGCAUGGUUAAACUUGGCUCCAGCACUGAUACGGGUUAUGAGAGGAUGUCAAACUGCAUCGCGAAUCUCAUCGAGGACGUGCUGGAAUCCCAGCAGCAAGAAGGUUUGUGAUGAAAGCUCAGCAGCGUAAUUUUACAAUGGGCGUACUCAUUUUUCCUUGAUAGCCCUAAUGAUGGGAACACGUAACAUCCAUGCCAUUGCCAUCCACCGAUAUGUGUCC